AUGGUCACCCUUGUCAUGGUCCUUGCGAUUGCUAUUAACCCUAAUCAACUGUGGUAUAGUGCGGCUCAAUUCGCUUUAGUUGGCCUCUACACAAAUUCUCUCAUGACCAUGUUGAACACAAGGCAGCCAUCGUAUAUUACGGAGGCGUCGCCUAUUAAACAUAGCAUGAACCAGAAGUCUCACUUUGGUACGCCCGGUAAUGGUAAGAAUAACACUAUGAACGUUGUCGGAAAUAAGCCUGCAAAUGUGGAGUUCAUCGCGCUUGAUGAGAUUGGAAGUUAUAAUGGGGGUGAUAAGUCGAACGGAGUGAAGUCAUUGGUGUGA